AUGCGCCUUGUCAAGCGAAAUAUCAACGACGACGGGAGUGGGAGUGUCACGCUGUGCCCCGAGGAACCUGAAGACAUGUGGCAUGCUUAUAACCUGAUUCGGCCCACAGACCUCCUCACUGCCUCUGCCAUCCGGCGGGUGACCACCGAAUCCUCUUCGACGGGCUCUACGUCAUCUCAACGUGUCCACACGAAUCUCACGAUACGGGUCAAGUCGUUGGAUUUCGACCCCCAGGCCGGACAGCUGCAUGUGUCGGGCCAGAUUGCACGAGAGAACAGGUAUACUAAGAUCGGGCAAUUUCACACCCUCGACCUCGAGCUGCAGCGCAACUUCACCCUUGAAAAGGUGGUCGAGGGAAGUGAUGGGUCAGAGGGCUGGGAUAGUGUCGCGCGUGCACAGCUAGAAGAGGCUAUAGACCCUACGAGGGGCACUGAAGCGGUCGCAGUCGUCAUGCAGGAAGGACUGGCCAACAUUUGCUUCAUCACACAGUUCCAGACCGUCUUGAGGCAGAGAGUUGAGGUCUCGGUCCCGCGAAAGCGGACAGGCGCCGGAAGAUCGGCGGAUCACGACAAAGGCUUGACCAAGUUCUACAGUACCGUGCUGGACACGCUGCUAAGACAACUUCAAGGCCUGAUGGAGCACAAAGAUAACAGCACGAGUUUCCCAAUCUUACUUGCGAGUCCCGGAUUCACGGCCGCAGGCUUUCUGAAACAGAUCAGCGAGACCGCCGCUACAAAAGGGGACAAGAUGCUGCAAGACUUGGUGAGGAGGAAUGCUUUUAUCGUGAUCCACAGCAGCUCCGGCCACCUCCACAGCCUCAACGAGGUUCUCAAAAGCCCAGAGGUGUUAGUGAGGUUGAAAGAUACAAAAUAUGCUCGGGAGACUGCGUUAAUGGACGAAUUCUAUGCUCUCCUACGCAAGGACGACGGACGAGCAUGGUACGGUCCGACAGAGGUCGAAGCGUGCGUUGAAAAGGGGGCUGUGGGUCGUGGUGGAGGAGUUCUGUUGAUCAGCAACGCCCUGUUUCGAAGCCAGGACGUCGCGACGAGACGAAGAUGGGUCAGGCUUGUCGAUCGAGUGAGAGAGGUGGAGGGCGGCGAAGUCAGAGUCCUCAGUAGCGACCAUGAGAGUGGGAGACGGCUGGAAGGCUUGGGAGGUAUUGCGGCCAUCCUUACAUUUCCUAUUGAAGACAUAGAAUCGGAGGACGAAGGCGAGGACGCUGAGCAGCCUGACGACGAUGUCGAAGAAUCAUAA